CCUGUCUUUGUUUCUGUCUCCUUCCCUGUCUCUGUCUCUGUCUCUCUCUCUCUCACUCUGUCUCUGCAUCUCCCUUUCUGUAUCAAUCCCACUCGUCUGCGCACGAAAGAUUUGGUACUGCAUGAGCGGGCGCUGGGGAUGCGGCGAAGAGUAGGACAGAGUCCCUUCGCCAGCAGAAGCGCGCGGGCCCCACUCGGGGGACGGAUCAUUUGAAUUGUCAGGCCCGUAGCAUGGUACCGUUGUCAAUGCUGUGCGUUCUUUGUUGGGCAGCCGUACCGCUUCUCAUGCUUUUCGAUUACUUUUUUGGGGUGCAGUGCGGAAGCACUGCUGCGUAGCGGAGUAACCCAGUCGCUUGGCCCUCGGCUUCCUCCUUCCCUUCCGCUGCUCUCCGUCCCACGUGUUCCACUUCCCGUGGCGUUCUCCCUGAGGUCGUGCUUGGUGCCAUGUCGCAGUUCUUGCGGCCUCCGGUCAUCCUGCUGAAGGACGGGACCGACACCUCGCAGGGCAAGGGCCAGAUCAUAAGCAACAUCAACGCCUGCUUGUCGGUGGUUAGCAUAGUCAAGACCACGCUUGGCCCUCGAGGAAUGGACAAGCUGAUCGAGGACGGGGGCACCACGACCAUCACCAACGACGGCGCGACGGUGAUGAAGAAGCUCCAGGUGGUGCACCCCGCCGCCAGGAUUCUCGUGGAUAUAUCGAAGGCGCAGGACUCAGAGGUCGGCGACGGCACUACCAGCGUCGUAGUUUUGGCGGGCGAGCUGCUGAAGGAGGCCAAGACCUUCCUGGAGGACGGGCUCGUGGCGCCGCAGAUCAUCAAGGGCUACAGGACCGCUUGCAGGCUGGCGCUCCAGAAGCUCAACGACAUCGCAGUCGAUCUGAAGCAGAAGACCGAAGAGGAGAAGCGGUCGAUGCUGAUCAAGUGUGCGGAGACCACGCUCAACUCGAAGCUUGUUGCCGAUUACAAGACCUUCUUCGCCACGAUGUCCGUGGACGCCGUCAGCAUGCUCGGCGAGGACCUGGCCAUGGCGGCGAUCGGCAUCAAGACCAUCACCGGCGGCUCCGUGAUGGACACCAUGCUGGUCGACGGCGUGGCCUUCAAGAAGACUUUCUCGUACGCAGGUUUCGAGCAGCAGCCCAAAUGCUUCGAUAAUCCCAAGAUCCUGCUGCUGAACUUGGAGCUGGAACUGAAGGCUGAGAAGGACAACGCAGAAGUGCGAAUCACCGAUCCGGACCAGUAUCAGUCGAUCGUGGAUGCGGAGUGGACGAUCAUCUACGAAAAGUUGGACCUGAUCGCCAAGUCUGGCGCGCAGGUGGUCCUGAGCCGCCUUGCGAUUGGCGACCUGGCCACGCAGUACUUCGCCGACAGGAACAUUUUCUGUGCUGGCCGAGUAGAGACCGACGACCUCGAGCGCACCCGCCGUGCCGUGGGAGGAGUCGUGCAGACGACGGUCCACGGCGUCAGCCCCGACGUUCUCGGCACGUGCGGCCGCUUCGAGGAAAAGCAGAUCGGCGGCGACCGCUACAACGUCUUCACGGGGUGCAAGGAAACGAAGUCCGCAACCAUCCUCCUGCGCGGCGGGGCAGAGCAGUUCAUUGCGGAGGCCGAGUACCUUCGCGAGUACGCGCGGACAAUAAGUGGUAAACAGCAGCUGGUUAUCAACUAUUUCGCUAAAGCGCUCGAGGUCAUCCCCAUGACGCUCGCGCAGAACAGCGGCGCAGACGGAACCAAGCUGUUGAAUCAGCUGCGCCAGAAGCAUGCUGUCGGCAUAGAUGGCCGCUGGAUUGGUGUGGACUGCAUUAACUGCUCUACGGUGGAUACUUUCGCUAGCUACAUUUGGGAGCCCGUCGUCGUGAAGAACAGCGCGCUCAGUGCUGCCACG